AUGCAGGCCCAGAUCGACGUCGAUGAGUGCGACGAGGCGCAGCAGCAGCUUAACAUGGGGUUCGUGCUGGCUGGGCGCGCCCGCGUUGGGCGUGGCGCCCGCGUCGGCAAUUGCCACGUGCCUUCCCUUCUCUUCCCUGGGGCGUCGGAGGUUGACUGCGAGGUGGACUUCGUGCAGGCCGCGGGCGCUAUGGCGGCGCCGCCGCGCGCUGCUGGCGAGUGCUCCGGCUCCGACGGCGUGAUCCUCGACGGCGAGGCCGACGUGGCCACCGCUUGCUCGGUUGGGGAGCAGCCAGCUGCCGAACCUGCUGGACAUGUUGCUGCCGCCGCCGCCGCGUACCUCGACGCCGUCCCGCGGGCCCUCUGCCGUGGGGGCGGCGGCGCCAGGGCUCGCGGCGAGGUCGCGGCUCGCGAUUGGUGGCGUGCGAGGGCGGCCGUCGCCCGCGCUUGGCUCACAGCGGAUGCCGCGACGGUGCAGGCGCCCUCGGAUGAAGGAGCGAGCGCUGGAGGUACUGCAGGCGGGGCGCCGCUGCCUCCAGGCUUGGAUUCGAGGAGUGGUUGGUGCUCCUUGUGA